AAUUAUCUCACGACUUGUUCUGAAGCCUCACCCACUUUAUGAUCUUUAUGAGUCACCGUGAGUGACACUGUUUUUCCAAUAUAAGGUGAUCUCAGAUUCUUCAUUGUUUGAUUUUAUGAUGUUGACAGUGCUCAUGAGCCGUGGUCAAUCAUUCACUAAAACAUGUUCACCAGCUUCAUUUACACUGAAUUUUUCUGAGCAGGAAGUCAAGUUUCAGACAGCUUCCAGUCCAACGCUAAGCGCUUAAGAUGAAGGAAACGCUGAGAGAAUAUUCACUUUACGGAUCACUGGAAUUGGUGCUGAUGUGAGGGAUGUCUGAGAGCUUUGUUUGCCAGGUUUCUUGGCGACAGCAUUGGUUAGUUAAACCCACAACAAGCAAUUAACUCCAUAAAGAACUGCAGUCACAUUCAACCGCUUCAGAAAUAAGGUCGAGGCUCUACAGGAUGGACCUUUUCCAGCAGGAAACCGCAGUCUGAGACCAGACGUCAUGCCUUACCUCGUCCACACGGCUCACGCACAGUUCGUGGGGCUCUGGCUCGGUACGGUCGGAUGGACGCUCGUCAUCGUGACCGUGGGACUGGUGGAGUGGAGAGUUUGGGAAGUGUCCGAUCUAUCGGUCGUCACCUCCGGACUGGCAUGGAUUGGCAUCUGGAGAGUGUGUUUUUAUAGCCACGCUCCGAUUUUAUCUGGCAAUCAGAUCAUGUUCUGUCAAAGGAUUCGUUUGUCAGAGUCAUCCACGCCACCGGAAAUCGCCGCGGCGCAGGUGCUAAUGCUCGUGGCUCUGAUUCUCGGAUUGGCGGGAAACGCCAGCGUCGUUUACGCCCUCAGAAACGUUUACUUCGGAUUAAACAAGAUUAAACCCAUCAAACUAGCGUUUUCUUCAGGUGGGGUUUUGCUUAUUCUCACUGGAACUUCUACACUAGUUCCCGUGUGCUGGAAUCUCAAUUCUGUCGUGAAUAAUCAGACUAUAUCGUUCCCGACAGAGUUUCUCAUGCCAUCCGCUCCUGUAAACCAGUUUGUUGGACCCGGUAUCAUCGUGGGGAUUUUUGCAUCCAUCCUGCUGGUUUUUAGCGGGUUGGUUUUUCUGUCCUACAGGGUCCCAGUCAUACUGGAGCCCAAAGUGAGGCCAUCUUGGCCUGGAGAAAAUCCAUCUGGAACAUAUGUAAGCCAACAGGGAACUGACAAUCCAGCUUUCCAAAGUGCAUAGUAAGACAUGUGAGACUGUUUUCAGGACGGAUGUGAGUUUGUGAUGCUGUACACCAUCAGUAAUUAGGAUGCUGCGUUCUUUUUCUGCGUUCCCCUGGAGGCCCUUCAUGUAACAUUGGUGUAACUGUUCAAACACUCCUCAAUCUCAGAAUUAGCUAAUUGUAUGAAGUAUUAUAAAUACACUGUAAUCUAGAUUACAUAAUCAGUUAUAGAACAGCAUACGUGAGGCCAAUAUUUUUAUGAUGUAAAAUAAGCUUUCAUCCCCUUACAAAAUGUUUGCAGUUCUUUCAGGAACCCCAGUUUGAGAAACCAUAGUGUAUGUGAUGUUUAAUGCACUUUAUGAUGUUGAUAACAAAGAAUGGAAACUGUUUUUACGAGUUAGGUCAAAAGUAAUCUAAGAGUAAUCAAGAAGUAGUCAGAAUACAUUACCUUAUAUGUGUAAUCCAAUAACUACAAUUUCUGUUAUGUAAUUUGUAGUCAGUAAUGGACUACAAUUUGUAUUCACAUGGCGAAAUUUAAGCAGAAUUUUGCGUGCAAAAAAGUUAAUUGUCUAUUAUUAAUAGUUCCGCUCACGCAGAAGUCAUUUUCAAACCGAGCAGCGUUUAUGUUAAGUGUAGCGAAAUACGAAGCUCUCAACGCUAUUUCACGACCAAUUCGUGUGUAUAUUAUGAGGUGGCUAUUUCGCACAAAUUCAUACAACCUCACAUUUUGUAUGUUUUCUCUGAGGGGCGGGUUUGGGGGUGGUCAUUCGUACAAAUUCCUACGAAUUAGCCACCUUGUAAAAUCGGUAAAUUUGACUAGAUCUUAUGUGGCACUGCAUCAAAACCGUAUUGUUGAGCGAAAAAGAAUGCAGUAAGUCACAUCUGUGUAUAGUCACAUUUUAUUCCAUUAGAAAUCAUGUAAAAUAGGCCUACCGGUAAAUAAAACGAAACAUUUACAAACAUUAUAAAUGCUAUAAACGCAUUUUCCUCUCAGUCCACAACAAAUCCUUUAAAUAUAGCGCUAUUCAGAACACGAGAGGAAUUGAAAAUAGAAUUUUAAAAAACGGAUAGUUCCUUGAUUCUGAUUGGUUGAGCUGCAUUCUAAGCUGUUGUAAAUUGCACUACAAACUUACACUUUUGUUUACGUUUGUGUGUUGCUCGGCAACUACUUUGUUGCGACCACAACUGUUUCUGAGGAACUACAUUGUUUGGCGGAAGAAUAUUGUUUUAUAAAUAUCAUUACACUUGAUUUGCUCUGUUUUAUUUUGUGAAACUUUACUAUGUAUAUGGAAUAACCGUCUUAUAAAAGCAAUAAACCCUGUAAAGCCGUGGUUUACAGUGAAUUUAUAACAGCUAUGUUUUUUGUUAAAAUGAGUGAAAUUAUCCACAUUCUAAGCUGUUGUAAAUUACUCUACAAACAUACACCUUUGUUUACGUUUGUGUGUUGCUCGGCAACUACUUUCUUGCGACCACAACUGUUUCUGAGGAACUACAUUGUUUGGCGGAAGAAUAUUGUUUUAU